AUGUUACUCCCUGAUCUCCCCAACGAGAUUCUGGCCUUGAUCGGCCGCUAUCUUCUGGCCGAAUCUCUGUGCGCAUUGAUUUCACAUGCCGCCAUUUAUUUCUCGUCUACCAGCCCGAGUGGUACGUUCAAACGCCAAGGCCUUGCAUGGGGCUGGACACCGCUCUCCUUAGCAACAAGGCAUGGACAUGACGCUAUCGUGGAACUGCUCCUCUCCGACCCUAGAGAAGAUCCCGACCAACGUGAUGAAGAGGGCGAGACAGCACUCCUUUGGGCAGCGAGAUGUGGUCAAGCGCCUAUACUGAGGCGGCUUCUCGCUACAAACCGCGUCAAUCCGACUAGACAGAAUCACCGAGACCAAACUCCGCUAUACGGCGCAGCAUCUAGAGGACAGACUUUGACAACGCGAUUAUUGCUCGAUACGCCAGGCAUAGAGCCGAACCCCAACCAAUCGGGUCGAACUCCAUUGUGGAUUGCGGCGGCACAGGGACGCGUUUCGACUGUCGAGUGCCUUCUAGCAGUUCCAGCAAUCGACAUCAACCGUUCAGACGAUUCCGGAAGUUCCCCGUUCCUAGCAGCGGCAAGUAACGGACGUGAAGAAGUGGUGGCUGUCCUAGCAAAGGAGAUACAGGUAGAUCUACAUGGACAACUAUGGCAGGACAGCAUUAGCAUGGGCUGCUGGCCACGCUCAAACGCUUGGCCGUGGACGGUAAAGUGA